AUGGUGAACCUUACGGGCGUCAAUCUUUGCCCACCGCCGUUUGCGGACUCUAAUUUAUUUUCUCACAGCAAAGGAUACGUUGAUGGUCGAUUAUGUCAAACAAUCACAGAGGACUUGAAAUGUUGCCUGCCUUGUCCGUUGACCCGUUGGGUAUAUCCAGAUAGCUUCGACACAUUGACGCUGGCGGCGAACUGGGUGGCUACAGUUGGUUUGAUAAGUUGCAUUUAUCUUCUUGCUUCCUGGGUGGUUUUGCCCGUGGAAAAGACCUGCAGACAUUAUCUCAGUGUAUGUAUGACUUUGAGUAUCCUCUUGAUAAGUCUCGGUCUUGUUGUUCCCUUGGCUGCUCAGCCCGAGCAAUGCUACGACACAAUCACUCCCAACAGCAUGUCAAGUAGCCGUGUCUGCGGCGCAUCAGGAACCUUUCUGAUGCUGGGGGGUUGGUCCGUUGUCGUCUGGGCAUUCCUUCGAUCACUGUCACUGCAUCUACAGAUUUGUUGGCAGGUGCUCGUGGGAAGGAGCUUCAUGUUUUUUGCCCAUGCUGCUGGUUGGGGUAUUCCCUUGAUCGACCUGUGCCUGAGUCUUGUAUUCAGCGGUGUCUCGUUUCGAUUCGGACCAACGUGUCACAUCAACCACAAAAACAGCCUCGCAGUUUUCUGGAUUCCCCUAAGCAUCUUUGCGGGAGCGACCGUCAUUAUAACCUUUGCAACGUUUGGAUAUUGUGUCAAGGUUUACAUACUAUCGUUAAAGGACACCUCAGCCUCGACUGAGGCUUCAAGCCUGCCGACUUAUACGAACAGCUUACGGACAGUCACGCCGCGCCAGGCUUACCGUCGUGUGAAACGUGUCAUUGCCUUGCAGUGGCGCGGCAUCGCCAUCGUCUUGAUUAUUAUUUGUGACGUCAUCUUCUUCACGUUUAUCUUUGUGUUUCAGGACAACCUCGUGCAAGCAGUCAAAUCGGAUCCGAAGCUCACCGAGAAAUGGGUCAUGUGUCUCAUCGGUUCAGCAGGGGACAAGAAUGCAUGCCUGGAAUAUGUAGGCCAUGUUGUCGUUAACGAAGCCACCGUUUCUAGUGUACUUUUCUUGCUCGCGUUGAACGGUUUGUUCGCUAGUUUUCUACUAGGUCGCCUUUCGAUGGCGGUCACUUGGGUUGAGCUCUUCAAAUCGUUGCUGAUGGGCGGUGCAAAGCAAAAAGAAUUUGUUUCAGUAGAUGCUCGCCAGGACCUCAAAAACGAUCCGUGGCAUUCACGUUCUUACGAAAUGAUUUCCAAGGAUUCUGGCGCUGCGGUAAAAUCAACCUCUCCGGUGAAAUCACCUUCGCCAUGUCGAUAUACCCCCGACUACUCGAGGCAGACAUCACCAUAUCAUGCUCCAGCGAGUUCUUUCUCUAGUCCCCGGUCGCCACAGCAAACCCCGGGGAUUUGGCAAGGGACUCCUGCUGGGCCUGAUUGUGAAAAGAUGAACCCCCUUGGUAUGAAUAAGAUCUGA